AUGAAGAAAAUAAAAAGUAAAAAAAACCUUGGUGGGCAUCCAGAAGGUCCAGUUUGGAAUUAUUUUACUAAAGGUGAAAGAGUAGGAAAAGGAAAAUAUAAAGCAACUUGUAAUUUUUGUAGAAUAUUAUGGAAAUGUAGUGAACCAAUUGAAUUAGAAAGUCAUUUAGCAAAUUAUUGUCUAAUGGCAGAUUCAACAGUUAUUAGAUUUUUUCUUGCAAAAAUUCUUUCUAAUGAUUCUGAAAAGAUAAAUCUAAGAAAAAAAGAAAAAGCAAUAUCUAUGGAAAACUUGAUCAAUAUAGCUUUUACUGUUUGUGGAAUUCCUUGGAAUGUUAUCGAAAAUCCUUUUUUUAUUGAAGCAUUAAAAAAAACAAACUUAUCUUAUAAACCACCAACUUGCAAGUUUUUAGCAGGAAAUUUAUUAGAACAACAAUUAGCUCUUAUUAAUCAAAAAACUGAUAAUAUAUUUAAACAAUACUCAAAUUUAACUUUAGCAGAAUUAAGAUUAUUGAUAGAACAAAUGAAUAUAAGUGGUGGAGUUCUUAAAAAUUAUUCUAAAACUAGAUGGACAACAGCAAGUGAAACAAUUGAAAGUAUAUUAAAUUUAGAAAAAGUUUUAAAAAAG